AUGGGUGCACAUCACAGUGGAAAAACACAAGGUCUUCCGCAAAGUCUUCAUGUUGAUUAUCAUGAGAAUUUUCUGACAAUAGAAGGCUAUGAGAAAAUGCCAAUUGUCUCUCUUGAAGUAGCUGUUGAACCAUUAAUGUUUCUUCUACCAUCGAUACAAACUUAUGUACGUUUAUCUAAGCAAAAAUGUGAAAAUCCUGCUGACGGUCUCACACAAGAUGAAUCAGCAUCGAUUAUGCUUUGUACAAUGAGAUGGCAACCACUUGAUCAAUGUCUUUCUGUUCUAUUAAAUGCAACAUUAUGUUCAGCAGAUCGACAAAAACUGAAACCAUGGUUUCUCUAUUUGAAACUGUUGUUGAGAGCACUCGACCGUUUGCCAUCAGCACAUCGGAGAGUUUUUCGAGGUAUUAAAUUAGAUGUUAGUGAAUUAUAUCCAAAAGACAAAACUAUUGUAUGGUAUGAUUUCGCGUUAUGCACGAAUUCAAUUGAUAUAUUACAUUCAGAAAAAUAUUUGGGUAGAAAAGGUCCACGAACAAUAUUUACGAUUGAAUGUAAUUCAAGUAAAGAUAUUAGUAAACAUUUAUUUAAUCCAUCAAAAGAUAUGAUGCUUCUUCCAGCAGCUACUCAAUUUAAAGUGAUAAAAUGUUUGAAACAAAACCAUAAUAAUCUUUAUUGGAUUCACUUGAAAGAAGUUCAAUCAACGUUAACACAAAUUCAGUCAGUGUCUUUUCUAUCUGAACAAUCGCCGGAUGUAACUGCUGAUUAUCGUAUGCCAUUUGCGACCCCACCAUUUGGUACAACACAAUUGUCGAUAGAAAAUGACCAUCAACAUAAUGAAAAACUGGAAAAAAUGAUUGCUAAGUAUCCAGAAAAUUCAAAUAUACAAUUUAGACUUGAACAAGUAUCAGCUGAUGAUAUGAAUACUAUAGUUCAACAAGCAAUUAUCAAUAAAAAAUGUACAGAACUUUGGUUAUAUAAUGCAAAAAUGAAUUCUCAUGGUGCUUUAGUUCUCUCGAAUAGCUUAUAUAAUAAUAAAAGAUUAAAAAAAUUAAAUUUAAAUGAUAAUAGUAUACGUGAUCAAGGUGUCUAUUUUUUAGCACAAGUGCUAUUAAUUAAUAAUUCAACAUUAAAAGAACUUCAUCUUGCACGAAAUGAAAUAACUAGUACAGGUGCACAAUAUUUAGCUGAAAUGUUAAAUACAAAUAGAACAUUAACAACACUUAGUUUAUAUGGAAAUAAAAUUGAUAAUCAUGGAAUAAAAUAUUUAACUCAUGUUCUUACUUAUUAUAAUACAACUUUGGAACAUUUAUAUCUUUCAGGAAAUAAUCUCAUGACUGAUUCAAGUAUUGACUAUUUUAUUGAUAUGCUUCUAGAAAAUCGAUCGUUGAAAAAACUUCAUUUAUGCAAUUGCAAUUUAUCAGAAAAAGGAAAAACAAAAUUACGAGAAGUAAUACGAACAAAAAGAAAUAUUCUAUUAACUAUUUAA